AUGAGCGACUUUCUCCUCGAUGCCGUGGCGCAGUUCCUCAAGGGUGAUCAAUGGCUGGAGCCUGUGAAUGCUUUCAUGCACGCGAACAAGCUGGCGUUCGUGGGGCUGGCGGGGCCGCAAGAGUCCUACUCACUGCAGCAGCAUGCUGUGUUUGUCGAGUUCAAGGACCUGGCCGAGCGAUUGUUGGAAGGCAUUGUGCAGGACUUGGGGUGUGAACCAUCCACUUUUGUUGCGGCGCUGGAGGAGGCCGUGGUCAACGAAGCCGGCGGGCCAAAGGAGGAGGAAGUGCAGCUGCUCGUGAAAACUCUACUCGCGUACGACGACUUUCACGGGUUUUGUGCGCUCAUGCAGACUUACGUGGAAUGGAACGCCGUGCCGUCGAUGCCCCCCGACGAAAACGAAAUGCAGUUCAGUGGUGCAGAUGAGUUCCAGGUAGUAGACGGUGCCGCUGCCUUUGACGCCACCAAGUACUUUGGCUCACACGAGUGGAUCUUGCAAGAGGUGGUCGCGCGAUCUCUCUUGGAUGCGCAGGCGUCGGGGCAAUUGGGUGACGACGACGCAGCCUACUUACCCUGGGCCGACGCCAUCAUGAUGAUGAAAGCACACUAUAGCAACCAAACGACGGUGGCUGCAUCUGAUGUAUCGGACGGAACUGGGGAGGCCACCACCGCAACCAUUGAAGUGUCCACAGAGUCCAAAAUGGCGGCAAAAAUGAGAUCAUUGGAAGCCACCCUUGUUCACGAACGAUUAAAAGUCGACUUGUUGGUGGCCCAGCGACUGUCUGAGCGAAAUGCUGGCAUGCGGUUGCAAAUGUCGGCGCUAUGCCAACGGUCGUCCAGUGGUUCUGGUGCAGCUACUGCCGGCACAACCUUAUCGGCAGAAGACGAGCUAUGCCAUCUAUGUGACCGAAUGGAGACGAUUCAAGUGGAGCUCAAAGCCAUCAAGAAGCGGUGCUUUGGGUUCAAGUCUGUGAGCCAAGCCCACCUGGAUGAAAUCUACUUGUUUCUCAAGGAAAAAAUACAUUUCAAACACGACUUGGCGCAAUGCGAAAGCGAGAUUGCUGAUUUUAUCUUCAGUCGCAUACAACCUAGCGACUCUGCCAUUGUGCCCGACUUGCUCCAGUGGCUUUUGUUGGAAUCAGAAGCCCAUGAAGUUCAAGUGGAAGUGCAAUCUCGAAGUUUUCUCAGUCCCAGAGCCGAAGCAAAGGAGGUCGACUUGAACGACCGGUGGGUGCAGCACUGGAGCGGCGACGAUGGCACGUAUUACUACUUGAACUCAGUCACGGGUGAAAGUCGAUGGGACCCCCCCAUGUCCAAAGACGGCGAACCAAUCGUCGGCUACUGGGACAACGACAAUCAAUGGGUCCCCUACGCGUUUCUAGCUCCAGGGGACACCCCUCCUGUGGACAUGACGGCCGACAGCAAGGGCGAUGUUACCCCACUUGAGCAAAAACUACGCCCUUUAGAGACCAAGCCGUGGACUCCAUCAGCAGAUUUGACGAUGGACGUCGAAGCGUCGUUGCAAAAGGUGCUGCAAGAGCAUGCAGACGAGUCCAAGAAACUCGAGAUUGCCCUGCAAGUGGAACAUGCACGGCAAACGCAAGACAUACAACGGCGUAAAGCCCAGCGCCGCAAAGAGCGUAAGGUGAAAAAGGCGGAAGCACACGACGGCGGAGACGCUAAGACGCUCGUGGCCCCCCCGCCCCCUGUCGACUUGUCCGCGCUCAAUGCCCUGAGUGGAUGUCAAAUCAAUAUUUGUUUGCCCGAAGGAGGUAAAUUCGACCUCUUGAACCUCCUCAGUGAAGCGGACGAGCGAGUUCGCCGGGAGCGUCGAGGGGAUGCUGGCCCCAAGAACGAUGGGGCCCCGGCGUCGUUAAACGCCACGUCCCUGCGGUACUUGGCCGAGAAGCUCGCGCCGACAUCCAAAUUGAUUGAGAUAGAGGAUGUAUAG